GUGAAUAAUACUUUUGUGUUUGUUUCAUUCUUCAUAGUAUACGAAGAGUAAUCAUCUCACCGGGGAAAAUUCUCAUGUAUUAUAUGUUUUAGCUAAAAGGCUUAUUAUAGACAAUCACGACCAACUGCUCUUUGUUUUACCUAUCAGACUAUGCACUUUUGGUGUUUAUAAGAUAGCUAGCUGACUGGCUAGCAAAAUUGUUUAGCUAAAAAUUAAAAGAAAAGCGAUGGAAGAGCUCAGUGCCGACGAGAUCCGGAGAAGGCGGCUGGCCCGAUUAGCUGGCGGCCAGACGUCCCAGCCCAGCACGCCUCUUAGUACUCCCCUGACGUCCCCACAAAGAGAGACCCCACCUGGGCCCCUGCCCGGACCCUCUGGGGCCCCAUCACAGCCGCAGCCACCAGCGCCGUCUCACACUCUGGGCCUCAAUGCCCAAAAUGGCACCCCUGCCACCUCCCCCAUGGGAGCUUCAGGGGUGGCCUACCGCAGCCAGAGCAGUGAGGGGGUCAGCUCUCUGUCCAGUUCCCCAUCCAACAGCCUUGAGACUCAGUCACAGACUCUGUCCCGCUCCCAGAGUAUGGAUAUUGACACGGCCUCCUGCGAAAAGAGCAUGUCCCAGGUGGACGUGGACUCAGGAAUAGAGAACAUGGAGGUAGAAGACAGUGACCGCAGAGAGAAGAGAAACCUGACUGAUAAGGACUCGUCGGCUAACCCGGACGUCUCUGAGGAGCAGGCUCUACAGCUGAUCUGUAAGAUACUGCGUGUGUCCUGGAAAGACCAGGACCGCGACGUCAUCUACCUGCCUUCGCUUGCCGCUGAGUUCCAGCACAACCCCAGAGAUGUCUACUCAGACUUCAAAGACUUGAUUGGCCAGAUCCUGAUGGAAGUUCUGAUGAUGUCUACGCAAUCACGCGUCUCCAACCCAUUUGCCAGCCUGACCGCCACAUCCCAGCCAAUCACAGCUGCCAAAUCCCCUGAUCGCCACCUGACUCUUGCACCUCCCUCCAGCCAGGGCAGCAGUCCCAUGGCCCCAUGUGCAGGCUCAUUUGGAACAAGCUCUCUGUCCAGUCUGUACGCGAGUAGCCCACAUCCGCUGGCUCCCAACACAGCCAGAAUGAGUGUUCCAUCAGGCCCUGCGACUUCUGCCCCUUCUUCACCUGCUCCUCUGGUGUCCCCAAGUGUCCCUGUUUCUCGCUUGCCCCUCACCUCCCCCUCCUCCCCCCUCCCCAUCUCUCAGAGGUACAGGCCCUAUUCGGUUAGCUCCUCCCAGACCUCCUCCACUUCUGUGAGUCCUAGCCCCAGGUCUGGCCCCACUGCCUCCUCCUCCUCUUCCGGGCUCCCUAUUCCUACUCCCAGGCAGGCCAUACCCUCCAGCCCACAGCCAGCCCCCAGUCCCUCCCCCAGUUUCCGCCGUCUGCCCUCCAUGCCUCUCCCCCUGCUCCCCGGGUCACCAUCUACUCUGGCCAGACGGACCGCCUUGGCUGCACGGAUGCCCAAUAGUCCUCUCUCCCUCCUCUUCUUCGCCCUGUCUGACGUGUCUCAGGACAGCAGCGACGAAGAGCUGGAGGAAGAGGAGGAGGAGGAGGAGGAUUUUUCCAGGGUUCAGUUUGGGUCCAGCCUGGGUGCAUGUGGAGGGGGAAUGGCGUGUGAUUCGGGCAGUGAUCGCUUUACCAUUGAGCCAUGUAAGGAGACUGAGAUGUUGAACUACCUCAUCGAGCGCUUCGACAGCGUGGGCAUGGAGGAGAGGAAAGCUCCCAAGAUGUGUAGCCAGCCUCUAGUCAGUCAGCUGCUUAGCAACAUUCGCUCUCAGUGUAUUUCCCAUGCUGCUCUUGUGCUUCAGGGAGCCCUCACUCAGCCUCGGGCUCCUUUACAGCCCUCCCUGCUUGUUCCCUACAUGCUGUGCCGGAACCUUCCAUAUGGCUUCAUCCAGGAGCUGGUGCGCAUGACUCACCAGGAGGAGGAGGUGUUCAAACAGAUCUUCAUUCCCAUCCUUCAAGGGCUUUGUUUAGCGGUUAAAGAAUGUUCUUUUGACAGUGACAACUUUAAGUACCCCUUGAUGGCUUUAGCUGAGCUUUGUGAAAUCAAGUUUGGAAAAACUCACCCCAUGUGCAAUUUGAUCACCUCCCUGCCGCUGUGGUGUCCUGAUUCUCUGAGUCCAGGAGCAGGCAGAGAGGUCCAGAGACUGUCUUUCCUGGGCGCCUUCUUCAGCCUGUCUGUCUUCGCAGAGGAUGACAGCAAAGUUGGCGAUAAGUACUUCUCAGGUCCUGCCAUAACAAUGGAGAACACGCGUGUUGUCAGCCAGUCUCUGCAGCACUACCUGGAAUCCGCCAGGGGCGACCUGUUUAAAAUCCUCCAUAACAUUUUGUUGAACAGUGAGACGAGGGAGGCCGCCCUCAGCUACAUGGCCGCUGUGGUUAAUCGUAAUGUGAAAAAGGCCCAGAUGCAGACGGAUGAUAAGCUGGUGUCUACAGAUGGUUUCAUGCUGAACUUCCUGUGGGUUCUGCAGCAGCUGAGUAUGAAGAUAAAGCUUGAGACAGUGGACCCUCUCUACAUCUUUCACCCCAAAUGUCGUCUCAACGUCAGCCCAGAGGAGACUCGGCUCAAAGCCACCAUGGAGGAGCUCAAGAGCUGGCUCGCAGAGCUGCAUGGUGACCCGUCCAAGUUCUCUGAGCCCAAGUUCCCCACAGAGUGUUUCUUCCUGACGCUUCACACACAUCACCUUUCCAUCCUGCCAGGCUGUCGACGAUACAUCCGCAGACUCAGAGCCAUCAGAGACCUGAACAGAACGGUGGAGGAGCUGAAGAACAGUGAGAGUCAGUGGAAGGACUCACCCCUGGCCAGCCGUCACAGAGAGAUGCUGAAGAGAUGCAAAACCCAGUUGAAGAAACUGGUACGCUCUAAAGCAUGCGCAGACGCAGGCCUGCUGGAUGAGAACCUGCUGCGCAGAUGUCUGCAGUUCUACAGUAUGGUUAUCCAGCUGAUACUGCGUAUGGUGGACCCUUCUUACCCAAACAUCACCCUGCCGCUGAACCCUGAGAUCCCCAAAAGCUUUGCAGCACUCCCUGAAUUCUACAUCGAGGAUGUUGCAGAGUUCCUGCUUUUCAUCGUGCAGUACUCGCCACAGGUUCUGUAUGAGCCAUGCACCCAAGACAUUGCAACUUUCCUUGUGGUUUUCAUCUGCAAUCAGAGCUACAUUAGAAACCCUUACCUGAUAGCUAAGCUGGUGGAAGUUCUGUUUGUCACUAACCCAGCUGUGCAGCCCCGCACCCAACGCUUCUCAGAAAUGAUCGAAAACCACCCGCUGUCAAUCAAGCAGCUUGUUCCCGCCCUCAUGAAGUUCUACACAGAUGUGGAGCACACUGGUGCCACCAGCGAGUUCUAUGACAAAUUCACCAUUCGCUACCACAUCAGCACCAUCUUCAAGAGCUUGUGGCAGAACAUCGGCCAUCACGGCACCUUCCUGGAGGAGUUUAACUCUGGGAAGCAGUUUGUACGCUACAUUAACAUGCUGAUCAAUGACACCACCUUCCUGCUGGACGAGAGCUUAGAGUCACUGAAGCGCAUCCACGAGAUCCAGGAGGAGAUGAAGAAUAAGGAGCAGUGGGACCAACUGCCCAGAGAGCAGCAGCAGAGUCGUCAGUCCCAGCUAACUCAGGAUGAGCGGGUGUCACGUUCUUACCUGGCAUUAGCCACAGAGACAGUGGACAUGUUUCACAUUCUCACCAAACAGGUCCAGAAACCCUUCCUCCGGCCUGAGCUGGGUCCUCGUUUGGCUGCUAUGCUGAACUAUAACCUGCAGCAGCUGUGUGGACCCAAGUGUCGGGACCUGAAAGUGGAGAACCCAGAGAAAUACGGUUUCGAGCCCAAGAAGCUCCUGGAUCAAUUGACUGACAUUUACCUGCAGCUGGACUGUGCCCGCUUCGCUAAAGCCAUUGCAGAUGACCAGAGGUCAUAUAGCAGGGAGCUCUUUGAGGAAGUUAUUUCGAAGAUGAGGAAAGCGGGCAUUAAGUCUAACAUUGCUAUUGAGAAGUUCAAGCUACUGCUGGAGAAGGUGGAGGAGAUUGUGGCCAGAAACUCUCAGUCAGAGAUGGACUACAGCGACGCUCCCGAUGAGUUUAAAGACCCUCUAAUGGACACUUUAAUGACAGACCCUGUCCAGCUGCCCUCUGGGAACAUCAUGGACCGAGCCAUCAUCCUGCGUCACCUUCUCAACUCCCCGACAGACCCUUUCAAUAGACAGCCGCUUAAUGAAAGCAUGCUGGAGUCAGUCCCAGAGCUUAAGGAGCGGAUUCAUGCCUGGAUGAGGGAGAAGCAGGGAGGACGGCUAACUUAGCGAGCUAGACUUGAAGCCAGUUGAGGAUGUUUUGCACCGCACCAGAAUUCAUCUAGAAGAAAUAAAGAGAAGAGGGGGAAAAAAGACCCCAUCCAAAAGCUGAUUUGAUUUUCUUCCCUUUAUUCUUUUUGGUUUUUUUUUUUCUUGGGACAAUGUCUUUAAGGCCCUGGGUUCUAAAUUGAAGCAUAAUAAAGUUUAGACUUUUAAAAGGU